AUGGCUUCGCUGCAGGUCGGCGCCGGCCGCGGCGUGGGUUGCUGCUUCGGCCCGCUGGACGGCCGGCGGCAGGAGAGGAGAGCGAUGGCGGCGCUGCGACCGCCGAGGGCGGGUGCGGGGGCGAAGGUGGCGGAGGAGGACAAGGUGAGGCUGGGCGAGUCCAGCGUGGCGGUGAGCAAGCUCGGCAUCGGUGCAUGGUCGUGGGGUGACACCACCUACUGGAACGACUCCGAGUGGGACGACAGGAGACUGAAGGAGGCUAAAGCAGCAUUCGACGCCAGCAUCGACAACGGAAUGACUUUCUUUGACACCGCCGAAGUAUACGGCACAGCGCUCAUGGGAGCAGUGAAUUCAGAAAGCCUACUGGGAGAUUUCAUCAGGGAGAGGCAGCAGAAGGGGGCGGUGGAUGUGACCGUGGCCACCAAGUUUGCGGCGCUACCCUGGAGGUUCGGACGUGGCAGCGUCCUCUCCGCGCUCAAGAAGUCGCUGGAGCGCCUCGGCCUCCCCUCCGUCGAGCUCUACCAGCUCCACUGGCCAGGGCUAUGGGGAAACGAAGGGUACCUUGAUGGCCUGGCGGACGCGUACGAGCAAGGUCUCGUCAAGGCCGUCGGAGUCUCCAACUACAAUGGUGUUCUGUCAGGGAAAUACACUCCGGAGAAUCCACCUACGGGUCCUCGGGGUAAUACCUACACUCCCGAGUUCCUCACCAAGCUCCAACCACUGAUGAACAGGAUCAAAGAGAUUGGAGUAAGCUAUGGCAAGAACCCAACACAGGUGUCUCUCAACUGGCUGACCUGCCAGGGCAACGUGGUGCCCAUCCCGGGGGCCAAGAACGCCGGCCAGGCAAUGGAGUUCGCCGGUGCACUCGGGUGGAGCCUCACCUUCGACGAGGUCGAGGAGCUGCGGACCCUCGCGCGCGAGAUCAAGGGAAUCAAGAUGCCCAUCGAGGAGUCAUGA